CUUCCCGCAACCAUCCAGAUUGAGGAGGUAGUUUAUGGAUCUCUGUCAACUACUUCCGCAAUCGCCAAUCUAUGUCAUGUCUCCGAUCAUCAUCGUCGCCACCACAAUCAAAUGGCCUCUGCCACUCCUAUCCUCAGAGGCGUUCGCCAUUCCCCUUCGGUUCCGACAACAGCGUCGAAAUCGAGGAUCUUGUUAUGUUCGUCGUCGACGAGCACAACAAAAUGCAGAGUGAAGGGCUCCACCGAAAAUGGUCUACCGCCUUUCCUCCCUCACCCAUCUCCUUCCUUUCCCCCUCAAAUCCAUGCUUUUGUCGCCCACCUAUUCCCCUACUUCUCAAUUAUACCCCAAAAAUUUCUCUCAAAUUGAUUUUCAUGAACCCUACUCUAAUUGACCUACUAUGCCUUCAUCACCAGUCCAGUAAGGUAGUACACUCCUCGGCCUCGAAGCCCCAUCAUGUCGCGAGUCUCCUUUCUCGCUCUCAAGGGGAUCCAGCCAGCGAGGAGCUUCUAUGGUGGAUGGCGCUGCGAUUUGUUGGAGGGAAGGAGGAGACAGAGCUACGAUUCGUUGAGGGAUUACUAUCGUGGACGUAUCUAUGAUUUGUUGAGGGACUUCUUUAUGGUGGACUUCUAUGUUGAGGGACUUCUAUGGUGACGUCGCUGCGAUUUGUUGGAGCAGAGGAGGAGAUGGAAGGGAAGGGAUGCGCCUAAAUAUUUUCUGUGGCAGUUAGAUUAGGUUUUUUAUUUUCUUAUUUUAAAUAUUAAUAAAUAAUUUAAUUGAAAUUAAUAAAGUACAUUACAGUCA